AUGAGAGCAGAAUUAUAUCAAGGAAUUGUUGAUAGUGUUUACAAAGGAGAAUUGAGAGGAAAUGAAGUUGGCAAAAGAAUUGUUCUUCCUGCAACAUUUAUCGGGGGUCCAAGAGAUAUGAGGCGUAGAUAUCUUGAUGCAUUGGCAUUAGUACAAAGAUUCGGAAAACCAGAUUUAUUUAUUACAAUGACAUGCAACCCGGAAUGGAAGGAAAUACAAGAAAACUUAUAUGUUGGUCAAACAGCUCAAGAUCGUCCUGAUUUAACUGCAAGGGUAUUUCGAGCAAAGUUGCAAGACUUGAGAGAUCAAUUAUUCAAGAAUGAGAUUUUUGGACAUGUUGCUGCACACGUUCAUGUAAUUGAAUUUCAAAAAAGAGGGUUACCACAUGUCCAUAUGUUGAUAAUUUUUAAGUCUGAAAAUAAGAUAAAUACCACCGAUGAAAUUGACAAGUUUGUGAGUGCAGAACUUCCCGAUGAAGAAAAAAAUCCAGAGUUGUUUGAUUUAGUUAAAAAACAGAUGAUGCACGGUCCUUGUGGAGAGAAGAAUCCAAAAAAUUCUUGUAUGGUGAAAGAAAAAUGCAAAUGCCAUUACCCACGAUCAUAUUGCGAAAGUACAAUACAAGGUAAAGAUGAAUAUCCUAUCUAUAGAAGACAAGAUAAUGGAUCAUUUAUAAGAGUUCGGAAUGCAGACCUGGACAACCGUUGGGUUGUGCCAUACAAUGCAUAUUUGUUAUCCAGAUAUAAUUGUCAUAUCAAUGUCGAGGUAUGUUCUGGUAUCACAGCAGUGAAGUAUUUGUAUAAAUAUAUCUAUAAAGGGCAUGAUAGAGUGGCAAUUCAUAUGACUCAAAAUGAUGACCAAAACCAAGUUGAUGAAAUCAAACAAUUCCAAGAUGCACGUUGGAUUUCUGCUCAAGAAGCGGUGUGGAGAGUUUUUGAAUUUAGUUUGAAUGAUAUUUCUCCGGCAGUCAUCAACUUGCAGCUUCAUCUUCCAAAUAAACAGUUUGUAGCAUAUCACGCAUCCCAAAAUUUGCAAAAUCUUUUGGUGUGGGAUCAUGCUUCAAAAACAAUGCUGACAGAAUAUUUUUCAAUGUGUGCUACAAGUGAAAAGGCAAGAAAAUAUCUUUAUAAAGAAUUUCCUGAGCACUACGUGUGGGAUAAGAAAGAUAAAGUUUGGACAGAAAGAAAAAGAUAUUGCAAUGUUAUUGGACGUAUUAGUGCAGCAAAUCCAAUUGAAGGAGAAAGAUAUUAUCUUCAACUCCUCUUGAAUCAUGUUAGGGGACCAAACUUUUUCCGUUACUUAUUGACGAUCAAUGGUACAGAGUGCUAUAGUUUUAAGGAAGCAGCACAGAAGAGGGGAUUAUUGGAAGAUGAUCAAAGCAUUAUUGAGUGUCUAAAUGAAGCAAUAACUUUUCAAAUGUCAAAUGAACUACGAAGGUUAUUUGCUAUAAUCUUGGUACAUUGUGCACCAACAGAUGUGAAAAUUCUUUGGGAUACCUACUUUGAUGCGUUGUCCGAAGAUUUCAAAAGAGAUGCAGAUAAUGAAUGGUCUAGAGAAAUACAAGAUGAGAUGUCAAUAGAAAUACCUGAGGAAGAUCAUAAUGCAGAAAAGGAGAAGGUGGAGUUUUUUUUCAUACAAGGAGAUUAUGAUGCAAAUAUUACAUUGUUCGAUGAGGUUGCAGCAGUAUAUGUAGGAUGUUCGGUGGAUGAGUAUAUUUCAUCAAUCAGUCACGAUGAAAACGAUUCUGCAUACUAUAGAGGUCUAGCCGCUCCAAAUUCAACAGAAAUGCGGUUUAUGACUACUAUAAAGCAUGCAAAAUUCGAUGAUAGGGGAAAGCUAAAUCUUAUAGCAAGUGCAAUCCAAAAGAUAGAAUGUGACCCGAUGAAUGCUGUAAUGAAAUCGAUGGUAACAUCAAUUGAAGAAACAAAAGAUCAUGAAGAAGGAAGGGAAGAAAUAGUUAAGAAGGCACCCAAGACAAAACAAAAAUAG